GUCGAUUUUCUAGCAUCUUUACAUACUUUGGCAAAAUUACAUGCAAACCCGCUCAACUAGUGGGGGUAGUUUUGCUCCGUUCACUGAAAAUCCUGAGAAAAUUCUCCGACAAAAUACUUUGAAAAAUUCACCCGGUGGGGAUUUUAAGGAAGAAGAAGAGAUAGAGGUUGAUCGGCCCAUAAUGGAGGAAAAUAACGGACGUAGGCGGACUGUGCUCCAAGCCAUGAGCCCCGCCUAUGUUGAAGAAGACCCCAUCGGACUCCCGAACACUGACGCCCACACAUUCGAGAUCAAACCUGCCAUGAUCCAAAUGGUCUCGAAUAAUCAGUUCGGGGGUAUGAAGGGAGAAGAUCCAAGGGCCCACAUGCUAUGGUUCUCCCGAACCUGUCAGACGCUGAAGAUGAACGGAGUGACCUCCGAUCGUAUCAAACUAUCACUCUUUCCUUUCUCACUUCGAGAUAGGGCGGCCCGAUGGUUGAAUACGUUCUCAAAGGGUCAUUUCAAAACCUGGGAGGCACUACACCAAGCUUUCAUGCACAAAUACUUCCCACCAUCCGCCAUCGCCAAAAUCAAACGAUCGAUCCAGAAUUUCUCUCAAGAUUCGAUCGAAUCCCUAAGCGAGGCAUGGGAAAGAUUCAAGGAUCUGAAGAUCAAAUGCCCACCUGCCCUAAUUGAUGCUGAUAGCCUGAUGUUCCAUUUUUAUCAAGGACUUCUGGUGCCGUCAAAGAAAGAACUCGACCACUCUUCUAAGAGACAAGCUGAGGAUCCCACGACCGAGAUGAAGAAAAUGCUAGAAGCAAAAGACAAGAAAAAUGAAGAAAGAAUCCAGAGAUUGGAGGAGUCGAUGCGACAACUUAUGGAACAAAUGACGAUCCGACCUCCAGGAACUUUGCCAGCCAAAACUGAAAACAACCCACGAGAACACCUCAAGGCUGUUACCUUGCGAAGUGGGAAAGAAACGAAGGGCAUUGGCCAGAGUUCUGAACCAACUCUGAAAGAUUAUGUGGCUGAACCAGUCAAUGAGCCAACUGAGAAGAAGAAAGAAGAAGAAAAGAAGGACAAAGAACCUUUCCAGUCCCAAUAUCCAAACAGCGAUCUCCCGCUAAAGAAGGUGACCAUACCCUUUCCUUCAAGGGUAAAGAAGAGCAAGGAUGAAAAAGCCUUCAAGAAGUUCUUAGACAUCAUGGGCCAAGUUGAAGUCAAACUGCCCUUAGUCGAUGUCUUGACGGAAAUGCCAAAGUACGCCAAGUUCUUGAAAGACUUGGUCACACAUAAAAGGGACUGGGAGGAACUUCCAAUGAUCAAUCUCAAUGCAAGCUAUUCUGCGUUGUUACUCCAGCACAUGCCUGAAAAAUGCAAGGAUCCAGGGUCUGUUGAGACACUUCUCGGCCUGGAGGAGAUUUUGAAGGUUGAGGGGAUUGAACCAAGUAAGUGUGAGGAUGUUCAGGAAGUUGAGGCUAAGGGACUUGAUUCCCUAGAAUUGAAGCCACUUCCCAAACAUCUUGAGUAUGCAUUUUUGGAUGACGAGGGCAAAUGCCCAGUCGUCAUCGCAUCUGAUCUGAGUAUGGCUGAUUACCCUGCUAAUGGACUAGACUUACCUUUUGCUACCCCCGAGGCGCGCGAUCGAUAUCGGGAUUGGGGUAGCAAGAAGGUAUUGACGCCGCCGAUGAUAUUGGACCAUGCAGCGCUGGAGAGCAUGGGGUAUUGGGAGGAGGUUGAUGACUUCCUCCAUGACCCCAAAUGGAGGCGCUUGCUUUCACUCCGUGCACAAGCUAGCGUGCCACUAACGAUGGAGUUCAUCUGCUCGCUGAGGUUCGGCGUUUAUGGGAGCAGAGUUCGAGAUGUGGAGGGAGUCCAUCCCUCAGUACGGACGACGUUCACGCUUCGUGGGACGAGAUUUGAUAUUCCCGUUCUUGAUCUAGGACGCCUGCUGGGGAUAUAUACUCCUGAGGAGACGAGCUCACCGGACUUUCUUGCCCUGCCACGUCGACUUCCUUUGGAUGUUGACGUCAAGGCAUUUUGGAGGACUCAUUCACGUAGCACUAGAGACUUCAGCAACAAAUACAGCUCAUCAUCCGAUUGGAGGAGUCCCGCGUGGAGGAUACUUAGUCACCUCCUCUGCUGCAGCUACUUUGGACGUCAUAAGAACGCCAACAGAGUUUACGACACUGAUCUGAUCUUCUUUUGGAGCCUGGAGAGCCACACACCUGUGGACCUUUCCUCUUUUGUUGGGCGUUUCCUAUUUGAUCAGUCGACAGGAAACCGCCAUCACAUACAGGCUGGACCCAUUAUCACUCUGUUGGCGCGCGCCCUCGUGCCUACCAUCGUCAUCCCAGACCUUCUCCCCGAGGAGUCUAGUGUACGGCCUAUCACUUCUGAGUCUCUCAUCCACAUGGGAUUCAGAAAGAGGCCACGCGACACUACAUACGAGCCAGAUCAGGACACGGGCACGGGCAGUCCUUCAUACAUGCCGGCGAGCAUGCCCGCAGAUGGAGCCUCUUCCUCUGCUGUUCCACGUCCAUUGCCUACUACAUUUGAGGAGCUAACCACUGCUUUUGGUGAUCUCCGGACAUCGAUUGAUUCACGCUUCCAGCUUUAUGAGCAGCGGUGGACCGCCUUUGAGCAACGUCAGGAGACUUGCUGGAAGGAAAUCCAGGAUCAUCAGCAUCGCAUUGAGACUAGCCUUGCAGAACAGGGUACGCAAAUUGCCCAUAUCUUGGACUACGUGGAGGCACAGCAAAGAGUCCCUAGCACCACUCGCCAGAGAGGGCGCGGUCCACGGCAUGGAGGAGGACGUGGGCAGGGUGGAGGUAUAGGCGGUGGAGAAGUGGUCUCCACCGGGGAAGACACGGCGCGUUCGUCGUUUGAUGAGGAGUCGGUGGAACUGUCGGGAGUGGAAGGAGAAGAUGACGGGGACAGUGACACUGCCGGCUGCUGGGUUGGGACUGGUACGGCAGUGGGGACAGGAGACACUGCCGGCUGCUGUGGCAUCGGUUCGGCAGGGGUGAUAGAGCCUGACCGCCGCUACCACUUCCCUGGACGUGCUGCCCACUGGCGGAAGGAGCUGGAGAGGCGCUGCCAUGCCGAUGGACACCACGGCCACCUGAUGACGAGCCACCGCGACUGCCACGACCCCGUCCUCCACCACGAGCAAAUUGUGCUGGAAAUCCAAUGAGUUCAAAAUAGGUGUCCACGCUAUGAUUGGUACGGCCACAAUGCGAACAAGAUCGGCUUGGACCCGGAGGACGUUUGUCGGGUCUGGCAGCAAAAGCAACCGAGUCCGUGCGAUCAUCUCGAUUGCGAAUAAUGUGGCGAUGAGGCUCCUCUUGAGUCACCAAAAAAUACGCACGGUCGAGAUUGGGCACGGGUUCUGUACCAAGAAUUUGUGAACGAAUAUUUCCAAAUUGUUCAUCAUCCAGACCAAGCAAAAAAUCCACGGUCUUGUCACGUUCAAUACGAGCGCGUGUGACUGCCGCGGCUUCACACCGGCAGCCCCCGGUGAGAUCAGAGGUGUCAUUUAAUUGAUUCCACAAGGUAAUGAAUUGAUUGUAAUAAG